AGUUGCACGCAUUCGUUCGCCGCGGACGCACGUGCGACCGCGUACCCGACGCAAAACCCUCGCACAACCAACAAAAACGUUCAGGAAACCGUUAAAAAAGACCAGAGAGCGUCGAAAAACGUUGCCCGCGUCGAAAGAUAAGUGCUAAGCGUCGAAACGCCGUGAAGAAGCUACAAACAGAGGCGGAAUACGAUCAUUCAUCAGCAGACGAAUGUUUAAGUGAUCCCUUACUCGUUACGAUUAAGCAGUGAAAUGGACUUCAAAUAGAUCGUUCCGAAUCUGUGUAAAUUGAAAUUAUAAAUAAGCAUUCGUGUAUUAUUACUGGAACUAACCUAAAACUUGUCCUCCACAAUGAAGCGAAGAUAUUGUCACCGGCGCGCCCCGCUAUGACUAACCUCAGCAGGGUCUUCCAAGCUGUCAGAAGAAUAUGACAAAGCGCGGUGCGAUGGCGAUGCGGUGAUGGCGGAUGGCGAGGCGGAAGCGGUGGCGGGCGAGGAGGCGGCCCGGAACGCGGGGAUCGAGCGCACCUACGUGCACGACGUGUACGACCUCGCCGGCGAGGAGGACGGCGCCGCCGCUCCGCCCGUGCAGGCCUUCCUCUCUGAACUCGAGCCCGGCAGCCUGGUCUGUGACGUCGGAUGCGGCAAUGGAAAAUACCUGAGCAUGAACCCAUCAGUGUACACGGUGGGUGGCGAUCGAUGCACCAGACUCGCAGAGCACGCCCGAAACGAUAGCAAUGAGGUGGUCGUGUGCGACAACCUGUGCUUGCCAUUUCGCGACGAGUCCUUCGACGCUGUGCUGUCCAUUGCUGUGGUCCAUCACUUUGCGACGGUCGAACGUCGAGCUAUGGCCUUGAGGGAGCUGGCCAGAGUCACCAGGAUCGGAGGACGAUUGCUGCUCACCGUCUGGGCCAUGGAGCACGAGGGGCGAAAUUUCCAUUGUCAGGACGUUUUGAUCCCGUGGCAUCGUCCACCGACGCUCUGCCCGCCAACACCAACGCCACGGUUCCUCUCGGUCGAUAAUGAUCAAAACGUAGAGCACUGGAAAUGUCGUGAAGGCUCACCGGGUUCCUCUUCACUAUCUUCACCCAACGAAACAUGCUAUUCGUUUGUAAGAAGAGCUUUACAGAGAUUAGCUGGAAGACGCUCGUUUUUACCUUCGUGGAGUAUAGGCUCAAGGGUACCUUCGAGGAUAUGCUCACGUCCUGAACCACUAGCUAGUGAUCUACCAAUAGAACUCCGACACUUAGAUGAGACAGUUCCUCUGCGACUGGUACCUCAAGGAUCUGAUUCAUCGACAAUUAAAUCUCAGAGUCUGACUGACAUCGCUGAGGUAGAACGACAUACACUAGUUCGAUCACGCUCGAGUCUGCCUAGUUUAGGAGGUGAUGAGCACGAGCAACCACAACAGCAGUUAGUCCCAAAACCGCCAACUUCUGAGGUUAUUGAACCCAGGAAGAAGCCAAAAUUAGUCAAGCAAAAGAAAUCCAUCAACGAGGAUGAUGCGGAGGAAGACCUUGAUAAGCCAACGGACAUGAAGAGUCUGGUUGAAGAGAUGCCAAAUUUUAAAAUACACCCGCAAAAAUUAAACACGAAGAAGCCAGAUUUUAUCAAACAAACCUCACUUAAUGAAGAGCUAAUGUCUGUCGAAAGAUUAAGAGAAAAAGAGCACCUAAGAAAAAACAUACAAAAACAAGCUUCGCUAAACGAAGAGUAUCUGUACCGCAGACCGGGUGCUUUGGAUUCAAUACGAGACUCAAUAUUUUCAACUUCAGCGACGACAGCUAAAAAGUUCCAGUCUCUCAAAAACGGCCUCACUAGUAAAUUCAGAACGUCCACAACGAAUAUAGAUAGAGUAACAAUAUUCGUGAGAAUGCUGCAAGGUUGGAAAAGUCAUGGUACAGUUCCUGAGGUUGCUACUCCAAGCGAACAUGUUGCAGGCUUAGACAAAUGCUGUCCUGAAAGACGACAUUCAAAAGAAGACGGAUCGGACUCUUCUAAAGAUAGCAGUCUACAGAGUGACACAAGUGUGGAUUCGGAAGACAGCUUCGCAUCUGUGAUAUAUGUACCAAAAGCGGACGGAUCAGGAGAUCCUCUAUCGCCUACGCCCCUCUCGCCUGGUCCAACAUCACCUCGAUUAAAAGUGUCAUCAGUCCCGACGUCUCCAAGAAUGAAAAGUUCUCCGGGCUUACCAUCGCCGAGAAUGAAACAAUCUUUUCCUCUCAUUCGUCCACCAGCUUCCCCAGGUGCCGUCACUCCUGCAACAGUGAACAAAAUACUCGUUACACAAUAUAGUUUAAAAAAUUACUCAACAUCGAAUUCAGUUUGUCCUUUGAAACCUCAAUCGAAAAGCCAGCCAAAUUCUCCGCCUAAAUCUGAAUCUGAUGACAAAGCUCCAAAGGUUGAACCUAUGCCUGUUAUAAAUAAUAACAUACCUAUUGACGUAUUUGAAGAGAUUGAUCCGAUUCCACCCAUUAAAGAAGAAGAAGAAAAUCCAUUGGAGACAACGCAAGAUUUAAUAGCAGAAAUAAACAAGGACAUUGAAGAAAUCCAUAAACUAACAGAGGAAUCAGAACAAUUAAUGCCUCGUGUACUACAAGACGUGAAACCCUACCCAAAAAUAACAUUGCAAACUGUUGCGGAAUUACCGGAAAUUCCACAAUUCAAACCUAAAGAACCACCUAGCAAAUCUCCUACCACCGACAUCUUAGACUCUAGAGCAGCAGAACGUAAACGUAAGGAAAGGAUACGACAAAUCAAGGAGAUGUUAAACAAAGGAAUACCUAACGUUAACAUUAGCAGAAGACAACCUUUUCCUAUAGUCAGAUGCACAAAUAAAUCUGAGCCGAUUGCAAAGAGUCGACCAACACUGAUGUCUCUGGAACUGUUUAACCCCGCUACAGAUGACAUGGAUAGCGACUCGAGCGGCGUCUCAUCCCCAGAUUCAGUGGACAGCGUUAUAAGCGUUGUACCUGACGAAUUAAGGAAAAUCGCUUCUGAAAAAGAUUCACAAAACCCUGCAACCGUCGUUACAAUUUGUAAAGAAGACUCAUUGACCGAUAAACUUAUAGCCGUGCCUCCAGCUCCACAAACAUUAAUUGAGGCUGCGGCAGAAGUGGCCACAACUUUAGAAGAAACUUGUGAAACUGUUAUCCAGUCCAGCCCAAGAUCGAGAAGGAAACAACUCGCAAAGCUUGAAAGUACUGAGGCCAUAGCGAUCAUUCAAGGAGCUUCAAGUAGUAGCAGCAGUAGUAAUUGGAGCUUAAAUAAGCUCUCUCCCGGUGACCUAAGGUUAAUAGAGGAUAAAUCCAGGUCACAGUCUCACACUAGUUCCAGCGGCAGUUCAUCUAGCUUAGAACGGCUUUCACCAGGAAGGAGAUCAAAAGAUCGCUCCCCUAAAUUGGGCAGUACUAGCAACUCCACGUGGAGCUUAAAUAGGCUUUCCCCAAAUCGACCUGAAGGCCGAUCCCUAGAAGAGAACUUGAGUAAAAGUCACAGAAGCCCGACAAGGCUACCGUACGAUUCAAUAUCAAUAUCGAGUACCGAUUCAGAUAAAUCUAUUUCAAAAUCGGAAAGCUUCAAUAGGAUACACGCAAACGAGCCGCUAGUCACAUGCAAGUCCGAUAUAGUACCGAAAGAAGAAAACUGGGUCGUCACAGACAAGGACCGGUCUAAUCACCUAACAGAAUUUGCGGAGAAACUUAGUGAAAAACUCUUACAAGAAAUCGACCAAUACUCGAAACGUAUUAAUGAGGAAGAUUUCGACCUACCAAGCAGCAGUAGUAGCGAGAAGAGUAUUUCCCUUAGAUUAAAACGGGAAGAAGAAGACAGAAAUACACAAAAAAUCCUAGAUGAACUUUCUGACAGUCUCCAACACUUAGAAGACCCAUAUGUAAACAAAACUAACAUUGACAGACAAGGUUUAAAUAAGCUCAAUACAGAUAUUCAGGAGCGUACCAAAUCUAUACCAUCGUUGAAUGACACCCCAGAAACUGACUUAAACAAAUUGUUUCCUAAGUGUAGCAGUAAAAUGAAAAGCAGGAAGCGUUCAAAAGACGUGGAUCCUAUUAUCAACAAGUACAGGGAAUUUAAGAAAACUAUGAAAGUCCCGAGCGACGAAGACCUAUACCUCAAUAACUGUGCCAACAUUUACGCAGCCAAAACGAUGACAGAGGAAAAAAUUGCUGAUAUCGACACUAAAAACCCAGACGAAGACAGCGCCAUUUGCUCCAGUAACGGAAACCCAGAGAUCACGAUCGAUUCUGGGAAUUAUGAUAUUAGUCAGUCUCUGGAAACGGGUUACUCCCUUGAAUCAGAAAUCAGUAUCGAUUCUAUAUGCACAAGUACCGACAAAAGGUCCUCUCUGAAAGUCGGUCAGUCGACAGACUCGAGCGAUUUCGACAAAAUGGAAAUCAGCCCGGAAUCGGUAACAUCGAGGUCUAGUGCGCCGCUAAAAUCCGGCCUCUCGAUAGAGUCUACCGACACGUCUGCGGGGAGCGACUGGAGCCGCAGAGACAAGACUGGCAGCACUGCGUCUCUUGGCUGUACGAGCUUAGCAUCGCUACCGUCUUGCAGCGACUACUCGAAGGACAAGAAGCUGUUAGAGACAAGGUCGUGUUCGGAGGAGACGGCGCCUAUCCCGGCUGCGCACGUGAGACCAUUGCCUCAUGCACCUCUUCUCCCUUCCCUGAGCGACGGGUCUGACAGCCUGCCAUCUGAAGGCGGCGCGGUUACCGUCCACCGGUACUAUCACGUCUUCAAACGCGGAGAGCUAGACCAACUCAUCGAGAAGUACGUGGAGAGUCUGCACGUGGUUUCAUCAUACUACGACCAGGCCAGUUGGUGUGUCGUUGCCGAGAAAGUUCAAGUGUGGACCAUAUAAUCCUUUUGCAUCUGUUCUCUUUCUAAACGCUCUACGUCGAGUUUUGUUGCCGGUUUUAGGGGCGGUUUGGAACGUUAUUGUCAGGCUCUUUAUUAACUCUUAUAAAUAUUACUGUUUCAAAACGAGACACUCUGUGCAGUGACCACAUCCAAGUGACCUUCCUUACGAACUCUUAGGCGAGUGUUUAGGACAUUAUCACGAACUCUACACUACGAAGAAUUGCCAAAAGCAAAGCUUUUGUUUCUUUUUUAUAUUCUAGUCGAUAUACCAUUAUAAUAGAUGUUAUCAAAAUAAUAUAGGAGUCUUUACAUUUUUUUGUU